AUGUCCAAACAUUUAAUCAAACAUUUAAUUCGAUAAAUUAUAAUANAAAAAAUAUUAGAAAUAAAAUUUAAGUAAAAGAUAUAUUAAGAUUAUGAUUCUUUAAAUAUUAUCCAAGUAUUUAAAUUAUCUAAUUUAUUAGGCAAGUAAAGAAGCAAUAUCAAGUUAUUUAUGUGAUCUAUCAAAAAAAUAUCUUAGUUCAAAUUAACCUAAUUUAGAUUUUAAGUUUAUAAGCAAUUUAACAACCUAAAACAAUUAAGUCCUAAAAUAACACCUUACUUAUUCUGUUACUAAAGAUAUUAGAAUAACAAAUAUGCUUAAAGCAGCUCACGUUGUGAUGUAGAUAUUUUGUAAUCAAUUGAACGACUUUUUUUUAAUUUUAACUGAAAUCCUAAAGGAAGAAUAAAUUGUUUUUUGUAGUGAAAAUAAGAGUAUUUUAGUUUAGGUUUGUUACUUUUUCCAUAAAAUAAUUUACCCUUUUAUUUAUACCUAACCUGUGAAAUAUUAUACCGAUAUGGAUACAUUUUAAGAAAUUUCAAACUAAGAAAGACCUUUUAUAUUUGGAAUAAAUAAAAGCUUUAAUGAAUUUAGAGGUGACCUCUCUCAAUAAAACUGUCCAACUAUUGUUGAAUUGAGUAACAUGAAAGCUACCAUACACUAAUUUACUCCUAUUGAUCCGAAUCAAAUAAAAUAGUUAUUUCCGGAUGAUGAAUUUCAAGAUAUCUUCAACAAUUAUACAAAAGACCCCUUAAAUCUUUAAAUAAAAAAAUGUUAGAUUUUGUUAUCUAGAAUUAAGAUGAAAAUAGAGAAUGAUGUUCUUAAACAAAUGGAAUUAAGUCAAGAUCCAAAGUUUGUAAGCGAUGGUGAAUUAAAUCAAGGGAUUAUUAUAGAUUGUACAAAUAAGAAACUUUCAGAAAAUAAGAAUAGAACUCUUUUAAUGGAUAUUUUUCGGACCACAUAUUUUUAAACCUAUUUGAAACAUCAAUAAAAAUGUAAAUUUUGA